GAAGAAGAAAGAAGAUGUGAAGAGUUGAAUGAAGACUGUUUGAUGGUUGUGUUUGAAAGGGUGGGUCUAGAGUCUCUCCUCUUUGAUGUUCCAUUAGUGUGCAAAUCAUGGUACAAAGCCACUCACAAUCCUCAAUGCUGGACUAAUCUUGACUUCUCAACUAUUCUUUUCAAAUCUGCAAUGUUAAGAUUCUCACAGCCCAUGAUGAAACCCUCUGAUUUCAUGAUAAAUUUCUUCAAAAUUGCUGUCAAUCGAAGUUGCAGGUCUGCAACUCAACUUGCACUCCCAGUUGGUUGUACACCAGAGGCCUUGCGAUAUGUAUCCCAGGAGUUCCCAAAUUUGAGAGUCCUAGAUGUGGGAACAGAGCUUUGGGAUUAUGGUAACUGGGAUGAGAAGAUUUUGGACCGUGUUGAUGUAAAUCUAUUGCAUCUUAAAUGUGUAGAGUUGCUUAAUCGUGAUUUUCCGAAAUUUAUAGCAAAAUGGAAGUAUUUGGAGCACCUCUCCUUGCUAUCAAUACCCAGAGACUCUUUUAAAGAGAUCCUCAGGCAAAUCAGCCUUUCCUGCAAAAACUUUUCUGGGCUUUCUACAACAGGUACUGUAGGCACUGAAGAAGCAUUAGCUAUUGCAACUUCACUCCAAAAGAUUAGGUAUUUGAAGCUGAGUGGAAGUUUUCUGCCAAAGAACAGCCUAAAGGUAAUAUUGGAAGGUUGUAAAAAUCUGGUUUUAUUGGAUGCAAGGAAUUGCUGUGGUUUUGAGGAGGAUGAUGAAGAUAUAUUGAAGAUGGCAUCUCAUAUCAAGACAUUCUUUUUUGAGGGUUCAAAAUCAUUCUUUUUUGACCCUUCAAAAUCAUACUAUAUCGACCAUUUCUUGUAUCAAGCCAUGAUAAAUAGCCCUUUUGAUGUCUAGGAUUCUUCCCCCCCCCCCCCCCAACCUUUCUUUUCUCUCUCUUCUGUCGUUCGCUGUUUCCUUUGCU